GAGGGUCACCGGUGUUUUGUAGAAGUGCACCCAUAUGAGAUUAUUAGAAAAUACAGAGAAACUACUCUAGGUCUAAAAGAACUGAAAAAGGAUCAUGACAUCCUCACAUGAUUCAAAAUGAAAUGAGAAACAUACACACACUAUGUUCAACUAACAACUAUGAACCUUCUCCACCUGAUCGUGGUCCAGCUGCCUUUAGUCUAGUACUGUCCUUCUCGUUGUGGACCUUGUGACUAAGGUGAAACGAAGUCCAAUUAUGGUCAACAUUUAGUGUCCAUCAUUCUCGGCAUCUUGGUCCCCUUUUGUUCCCUUGUAUUAUUCCUAUGAAAUCAUGCUGCAAGGGUAGUAAAGUUAAGGGUAGGUUAAAGGUGCUUUUCUUACCGCUUUUUAUGCCUCUCCUAAGGGAGAAAGGCAUAACAAGCGGGGUAAGCGAGCACCAAAAACCUACCUCUAAUAAAGGGACUCCAAGAAAAGGGGGACGGACCGAGAUGCAUUCUAGCACACGCUAAGCCAAGAAAUGCACUCUUUCGACGGUGGCGCUCCUGCACAUGGGGAGCCAGGGACGAGAGCUUCUUCACGGCAGCGGUCGUUAUCACGGCCCACGAUUAAGGCUUCCCCUAAUCCCUCUACUUCGGGCUUCAGAGGCAAGCAUCUAUCGAAGUUGAACUACUGUAGUUCCAUGAGGGGAAACAAGGCUGUUUCAAGAUGUAGGAAGGGGCUCAAGAUGAGUAAGGGUGAGCUCUGUUUCAAGGCUGUUUCAAGAUGUAGGAAGGGGCUCAAGAUGAGUAAGGGUGAGCUCUAAAAACAGGAACGGCGUCCCCAACGACAGUGGUGUAGUCGAAAACUUCGUAGACCCUCACUGGAAGUUUUUCAGGAGGUUCGUUGUCUUACCAUGUGCUUUUUGGCUCUUCCUCUACAUCGCGGAUGCCGCGACGACCAUCUUCGUCCGGGUUCUGCCGAACUACCUGCCACUGGUGUCAACAUCUUCGUCGCGGUCCUCUUCGUCGCCAUCGGCAGCAGUACCAUCUUCACCAAAUUGGAGACCCACCUCUUCUUCCUCUUCGUCGCAGCUAUUAGAUUCGAAACAAGCACUUCAUCUAUUAGACGACGAUGAUGCUGCACAAGGUGCUGCCGAUGGGAACAACAAGCACAGGAGUCUUAGAGACGCGCAGAAAGUUGUACAUUUAGAUGGACUUAGAGACGCGCAGGAAGUACAUUUAGAUCGACCGGGACAGAGCACGAAAGACGAGGACGAAGAAAAAGUGGAUGCUGUAGGCGCACUACAUCUGCAGGAGGGAGAGAAGGAUGAACAAGAUGUUGUUGUUGGAUCAUCAAGAGCAACAAGUGGUAGUGGUGCCGGUUCUAGGAAAAAGCGGCAAGAUAAUUAUAGAGCUCUCGACGAGGAUCGGGAUGCUACUGGAGUCAAGGGGUCAUCUUUUGUAGGCCUUGAGCCUGAAGAAAAACCAAAGGAGAAGCCGAAAGAGGGAGAAGACAAGAGUUUAAGAUCACAGGAUGAUUUGAACAAAGGUGUUUCACCAUCACUGAUUAAGCCCGAAAGGGUGUAAAUUCUUUGACCUGUCUUUUAUGAUGUUUAGUACGACUAUAGUAUAAAUAGUAAAAUUAAGCUUCGCUUUUUAGUAUCUUCAGCCUUUCUGCUUCUCCUCCUGUGUGAGUACGAUCUCUCAUCAUCUUGUUCUUGACCUUGAUUUGUGACCUUGAUUUGUUGAUUUCUUAUAGAAGGACACCAUGACUUCAUGAACUAUAGGGAUAUGGUGAAGCACACCAUGACCUCAUGAACUAUAGUCUUUGACUUCAUGAACUAAUUCUUAUAUCUAAGGUAAGGCGACGGAGAGGAAGAGUAUACUUCGGAUAAGGAUGACGUGUGGCAUUCGAGUUGGGACGACGAUGAGGAUGAGGAGUCUUCUAUGGCAGAUCCAUUCAUUAGAGGAGUCUAGUUCUCGUAGCUACAUUUUGUUUCUAGGAUGUUGUAUUCUUAGCCUGUAUUCCUCUGGAUACUCUAAUGGACCUAAGGAUAAUCAUGCUUCUUGAUGUAUUUUAGAGUUUUUUCUAGUUCCGCCACCUCCCUUAUGCGAUGUUGUCCACCUGCGCAGUUACUGACACCUAACCAACUACCUCCCUGACGGCGUCUUCAAGAGAGACCUCGUCUUUUCUAAUCAUCUACACUCAUCCGGCGAUAGCGAUGACGAUUCGACGUCGGAUGAUUCUUCACAGGUAGUGAGAGAAGAAGACGACCAGGAGGACAAGAGCAAAGCUACAGCGAUGGAGAAAAAGAUUCUGUACUCCUACUUUGAUCAAGCUUAUGUGUAAUUCUAACACAUAAAGAUACAGUACGCAUACUUUAAUCAAGCUCAUGUGUAAUUAUAACACAUAAAGAUCAUUAAUAAAGGGGUCACAACUAUAUUUCUGUUUAUUCUAUACUUUACAAGAAGUAAGCUACUUGUUCUUACUAUAAAUUAUAGCAGAACAACAUCAGUACUUUGUAGAACGAAUAAAUCUUGAGUUGAUUGGGUCUCAUUGCAGGAACUAGAAGACGACCAUACUAUCCGAAUGAUUGCUAGAAGAUACGUGAUGGUGACGAUGAAAACUAAUAGCUCUGUGUACUAUUACUCAAUCACUUUGCCGUGGCAACUUUUGGUUAUACUUGCUAGUCUAUCACUCGGUCUCCUUGCUCUUCUUUUAUUUUAGAAGGUGCAGGGAGGCUGAAAGGCCUUAAUAACGUUAGGAAAAACGUGACACGAGGCAUCAUGAUAUGACAUGACAUACCAUUUCUAGACUUGUAGAUACGCACACGUCAUGAAAAUAGCAGUAGUUCUAGGUAUAGUAAUAGUUGGCUCCACGUUGUAUUAAAACAAUCUGUUCUCUUCUUCCACGCGAAACUACAGGAAAUAUCUCGGUGGACACGACAAGGUGGACAAACACAAAGGUGGGAUUCAUUGCCGUCAAUUGUAUGAUGCUUUCGAUCGAAGGGUGUACGACAAUAAUUGCGGCCAGGGUAAGACGGAGAAAGAUGCCAAAUUUAGGUGCCUCGUCCAUAUACGACGGACUCAUUGUCAUUCAUCAUUCAGAUUGAUUGUGAUAAUCCACCAUUGUGAUAAGGCAUCUCAGGAUUCAUCAUUCAGAUUGAUGGUGAUAAGCGUCUCAACAUCAUGCAUCCAUCUAAUGAAUGCAAAGACGCGGCGGACCAGAUGAAUGCACUGGAAAUUUGCAACGCGGUGCAUCGCACACACGCGUUUUUUCUUAUGUCGCAUGUUGUACUUUCCAAAGGGGAAGAAGAGUAACAAGGAAGAAAAGCUGCUAAUUAAGUUUGUUCAUAUUCUUCUAUACUCCCCGAUUGGGUACACUAUUACUACUACUACCACUACUACUACAAACGAACUCCUGCUCUUGCUCACUUUCUAAACGUUUUUCAGGUUGCUAGGAACUUCUGUAAUAGGUAGAAACUAGGAUUACUGUUGCGUUGGAAUUGCUUCCUUUUCACGUAUGACAUUUUUGUUAAAUUGUGCUAUUCCUUUACUACCUCCUUCGCUACUUUCUAACUAGUUCUUUUACUACGACUACGUCUCUCCCUCCUCCUAUUACGUACCACUGUCUCUCCUUAUUUCUCGACUUACCUCUUUCUCUCCCUAUCUCUCCCCUGCCUUUCUCUCUCUCCCCAUCUCCCCCUGCCUUUCUCUCUACUCUCCCUCUCUCUCUACUCCCCCUCUGUCUCCUCUCCCUCUGUCUCCUCGCUCAUCCUCUAACCCCUGUCCCUCCCUCUACUCUCCCUCUUUCUCUACUCCCUCUUUCUCUACUCCCUCCUUCUCUACUCCCUCUUUCUCUCCUCCCUCUCUCUCUACUCCCUCUUUCUCUACUCCCUCUCUCUCUACUCCCCCUCUGUCUCCUCGUUCAUCCUCUAACCCCUGUCCCUCCCUCUACUCUCCCUCCUUCUCUACUCCCUCUCUCUCUACUCUCCAUCUUUUUACUCUUCCUCCCUCUCUCAUCCUCUAACCCCUGUCCCAGCCAGCUUGCCCUGCUUGAGGCGGUGCAUAGAAAGACUAGGGAUGCCGGGCGUGGACAACUCAAACUUCUCCCAUACGAGUACUGCCCAGAGACGCACAUCAGACGGCUUAUCCAGGUACUGAAGGUAAAGCUACUGGCGUGGUGAUGGUACUAUAAUCAUGUAGAUAGAAAUGGAAUACCAAUACUUUCUAAAUGUCAUGUUGUAGUCCCUACUCAUUUCUAUGAAUUGAUGAAGUAGAAAUGACAAUGCAGAAUUUUGCAGGAGUAGUUCUACUGAUCAAAACUUCCUACAACAAAAGGAGUCCUCUGAGAAACUGAGUGGUUGGGCGCAAAAGUUGAUUGCAGACCCAACAAAAUAUGCUGGGGACGCAGGUCGAGCGCAGUACGAAACUUAGGCUGAACCAACAUGAUGGAGGGUAGACCUAGAACGUCUUUGCUACUAGAAGAAGAUGCAUCAGGAAUGUCUAUGUCGUGGGAAAGACUAGAAGGAUCCUUCUCCUUGUAGUAAAUGAUUCUCAUGCCACCUAACGCGGUCGAGGACAAGCGAGAGAAAGAUUAAAACUCAGCGUCAACAGCGCCCACUUUGUGGAGUCAACGCAGAUCUUUUGUGAGCACAGAAUUUGUGAGUGAGUCUGUUACUCAGUACUGCUUCUAAAAAAGAGACAUGUCAAUCUUUCCUAAGAAAGAAGUUGGGGCUGGCUCGCAACACUACGAAAAACGCAAUUACCCGCCAGAAGACGUCAUCCUAAUCGCCAUCGCUGACCGAGUCUUUCGUGGUUAUGAAGAUUGGGAUUGUCGUAGCAGUUUGAUUUUGAUAGUAAUUUUGUCGCGUGACGAUGAUUAGAUAUCGAAAAAGACUGACUUCUGUUCAUGUCCCUGGCGGUUCAUCGAACAAUGACGAUAAAGCCGGACUAGUAGAACAACUGGCAACGGCAGUCUGUUAUCGGCGUGUGGUGCCGGAUAUUAAGGCUCAGCCUUCAUUGGCCAUCAUCAUUAGACUGCCUGGGGUCACUGGUGACGCCGAAGAGGAACCCCCUUGAGAGAACAGGGGGAAAUGCAGGGAAAACAAGGAAUGAAGCAUGGCGGGGCCCUUUUCUUUCAGAAUCAGUGACCACUGACUGCUGACCUUUAAUGAUAAGGGGCUCGCUGAAGGCUUGGGCAGGGAAAAGUGGGAAGAGCCGCCGAAGCGUGAACCCGAAGACGAUGCACUAGGGGUCGUAUUUUAUGAAAUAACAGCGAGCGGACUUUUGAUCUGGUACCCACGACUAUUACUAGCAGGCACCUACUUCAUACUGUUAGGUGCGUCCUGUCCUUGCAGCAGCGAACUUCUUCUAUCAGGUCCUGCUAGGUAUCAUUUGCUGGUCCUACUAGGUAAUAUUACCUUUACCUGCAACUACAAUCUUUUUCAGUAGUACCUUCUUCUGUAAGAGCUGCUGGCUCUUCUAUCUCUUCUCGAUGUCAGCUCUCUCAUGUCCUACUUCUUACUUUCUGAAGUUUGAUUUGCCGCAUCAAUCCCGCCCGCGCCCCAAGAACGCCAUGUGUCAACAUUCAACACUGCUCCUCUAACAUUUGGUUAGUGCUACACAGUGUCCGAAAACGAUCCCGGGUCUGACUCAGGGAGGGAGGCUGAGCGGCCUUACGAAGGUCGGCGACAUGACAGAAGAAGAUGACGAUAGUGAUGAGGGUGAAGACUAUGGAAAAAUUGAAAACGUUCUUUUGGAGAGAUGAAUGGUUCCGGUAUUUGGUAGCUUGAAUUUGAUCACAAGGAUUCUCUUCUCGUUUUCCUUAUGAUCAAAAUCAGGCUACCAAAUACCAGAACUAUUCCAGAGAAGAAAGCGUUCUUUUGGAGAAAAUGGAAACUUUUUCUGGUUGUGAAGUAGCCGAGAUCUAGAAUUUGAAUUGUAAAUCUGGUAAUGCUAAAAGGAGUAAGCACUAAGCUGAGAUAAGUACACCAGCACUGCAACUCUACAGCAAAACACCACUACUCCACAUAAUGACAAUUUGGGUCGAUUGUCUUUGUCAUAUAAUGAUUUGUUGAUACAAGGAGCUUUGCUUUGAUCCCUUCAUAACCAAGAGGAAGCGGAGGAAGACGAAGACACCGAGGGAGAGGAAAAGUUGUGGUUCAAUUUCAACUCCAGGUGCGCUUCGUUUUUUGUCUAUAGUAUCUCCUAGACACAAGUACAAACUACUACAUACACGACUUCUACUUACAAAUAAACUAAAAGUUUAAGCCGUUGCUCGUCAGGGCGAUCUGCUGCCCUUAGAGGACGAGUGAGCGUUUCCGUCUGCUGACUUAGAAGACUCUAAGUCAGCUCUUCAAGACCAGUGGUACAGGUGCACGUACAUAACAUAAUUGAUGUUUGAGCUUUUUGAUCUAUUAGAGAACAAUAAUAAGGUAGUCUUUAUCUUUUUGGGCGCAUUAAGAAAGUACAAACACAUUCCUAUCGGAUGGUAGAUCCCAACCUAACCUAACCUAACCUAACCUGAUCGUUCAUACUACAAGUACAAAAGAUCUUCAUAUGGUGUAUCACAGACGAACAGCUCUUGAUCUUCAUCUUGAUCUUCUAACUUUAUCCGACGACACGAAGAAAGACGCCGAUGACGAAGGGCCAGACGAUGAAGACGACGACGACGAUGAGA